AUGGCGUCAACGGACGAUCGUGAGAAACAGUCGUCUUCUUCUGCGGAACGGUCAGACGCUGGAAAAUCUAUCCCAGUCUACGCUAAGGCUAAAUUUUCGUUUGAAGGGAGGAACAAUGAUGAGCUGUCUUUCAAAAAAGGCGAUAUUAUAGCGGUUACUCAACAGUUAGAUGGUGGAUGGUGGGAAGGGACCUUUGCUUCGCAUACAGGAUGGUUCCCAUCGGGAUAUGUGGCAAUACUGGACGAUGCUGAGCGAAUGUCAUACCUUGGUGGUAACGUUGUUAUAUCUGAUGACGAGUCGGUCAGAAAUUUGGUUGCAGGGAAUGAUUCAAGCAGAGCAAUUUAUCGCAAACAGAUUCUUGAUGGUUUUUUGGAGUCCGAACGCAGUUAUAUUGAGAAAAUAUCUGAAUUUUAUAAUAAUAUGUUGAUGAGGAUUUUAGAUGAAAAGAAGAUUCCUGAAGAGGAGUUUGCUAUUUUAUGUGGUAAUUUGCAAGAAAUUAUUGUUUAUCAGCAGGAAAUUCUUUCUGAAAUACAAGAAGCUGUCACAAAGAAUCUGAGCAAUGCCAAGGUUGGUGGCAUCCUGCUUAAUGCUGCACCAAAGUUUAGAAGUUUGCUACAUCUGUACUGCACAAAUCACCCUAGGGCAAUUGAUCUGGUUCUGAAAAGCGGGCGUGACUAUCGUAGUUUGAUCAAAAGCUGCGGAAGCAACUUGAAGGAGUUCAUUUUUAAUUUAAGUCUUCCGUUUCGUCAUUUAGAAAAAUAUGCCACAACCUUAAAUGAACUGGAACGCAGUAUGCAUAGUACACAUGCGGAUAAAGGUAAUGCACAGAGAGCGACAGUAGUUUUCCGUGAAAUAGCCAGUUUUUGCACUUCAUUGCGGAAACAGAAGGAAUUGCAACUUGAGUUGAAGAGGUUUGGCUUAAUUGAGGGGUUACCAUCAUCACAGUUAGAGGCUCUCGGUGAGAUACUGUAUAUGGGUUCUGUUUCAUUAGGUGAUGAAGAAACACUGGUGGAGGACCAUUUACCUGUAGAUCGUUGCCUCGUUUUAUUUUCUUCAACACUUUUGAUUUUGGAACCAACACAAAAUUUGAACGCUUACUCCUUGAAACAGAAGAUCAGCACAGACGGUUUGGUAGUGAAAAAAGUCGAUGCUAAAGCUGCUCUUUCAAUUGUUAGCGCCGAUGGUUCAUUCAAUACUCUUAUGACUGUCCCUUUCAUUGAAGAACUUCAACGAUGGGUUGAGAGUUUUGGGCUCUGCCCCAACGUUGAGAUUGAUGAAAAUUGCUUUACUCUUUCAAAUACUGCU